AAAAGCCAGACGUCAACGAAACUUCAAAAUGCCCCCCAAGAAGGUCGCCGCUCCCAAGGAGAACAUCUCCCUGGGCCCCUCUGCCCGCGAUGGCGAGCUCGUCUUUGGCGUUGCCCGUAUCUUCGCCUCCUUCAACGACACCUUCGUCCACGUCACCGAUCUGUCCGGCCGUGAAACCAUCACCCGUGUCACCGGUGGAAUGAAGGUCAAGGCCGACCGUGACGAGUCCUCCCCCUACGCUGCCAUGUUGGCUGCUCAGGACGUCGCCGCCCGCUGCAAGGAGCUUGGCAUCAACGCUCUGCACAUCAAGAUCCGCGCCACCGGUGGUAACGGUACCAAGACCCCCGGUCCCGGUGCCCAGUCUGCUCUCCGCGCCCUGGCCCGUGCCGGCAUGAAGAUCGGCCGCAUUGAGGACGUUACUCCUACCCCCUCCGACUCUACUCGCAGAAAGGGUGGUCGCCGUGGUCGUCGUCUGUAAAUAUCGUAUUUUUAUUUCUACAAAACAAACGAAAUGGAAUACGGAUUUACAGUGUCUGGCAACACUUUGGACUGGAUUCAAGGCAGGAGUUUCGCUAUCUGGUUCUUUCAUGCGGCGCUGAGAAAAAACGAGGAGAACGGCCCUUGAAGCCUGGUCUCCAACUCUAUUAUGCUUUGCGCUGGGUUGCAUCAUUCUCCUCAUACUAGGAGGAAGAUGUGACUCAAUGUCAAUGCAGUAGACAGUUACGAAUUCGCCCGAAGAAGGCUAUGAAAAGUUGUCUCCCUGUC